AUGGCGGCUGUAGAAGGCAGUUUAGAGGAAGAAGCUCUGAGGCGAAGAGAGCGGCUUAAAGCGAUGCGAAAGAAAAGUGGAGUAUCGGAUGAACAGGUAUCUGAGAUUAUAAACUAUCGGGCAUUUUUAUCUUGAAGAUCAAUGACAGGAGGAGUUUCUCAGCUACAAUGUCUUGUUGAAGUUGAAGAGGAUCGAGUCUAGAGACGUGAGCCUGGGGAAUUCGAUUCGAUCCUGAAAGGGUAACUUCUCUUUUUCAUUGAUUGACAGGCUACCAACGAAAUCGAUCACUCAAUAGGAGAAAAAAGACCUCUGGAUGAUACAUCAGAACCCGCGUAAGUGAUCAGCUUUAUAUGACAGGCGCGUAGCUGGUGUUUGAGAAGGGGUGUUCGUACUGAUACGAAUAAUUAUUUCUUAACAGCAGGAAAUACUGCGAGCGCCAAAGGCGCGAGCUUCGAGGGGUUUCUUGGGGCAAUUACUCCCACAGAAAAUUUUGAAAUCUAGAAUACUGGAAAUGCUAUUUUCGGUAGUCUCCACGUGAAUAUUUCAAACUUGAUCAAGUCUAAAAUAAUAGAUAUUUUAAGUCAUAACAACAAUAUUUCCGUUUGACUUGGAACAUUCAUACAGAGUGAUACAUACUGGCUAAGUAGAUGAAACGUUUUACAAAACUCGACGUGUGCUGCAAGGUAUCUUGGAGCAAAAGCUUACGCCCCCCAGUUCCUUGGCUCCGCUCUGUUCAUACUUGAUAUGCAUGAUAGCCAGUGAGGAAAGCCUCCUCUCGUCCAUGGUACAGCCCAUGUAAUUGUUUAGCCUUCUCAUUCUGCUGACUGAACGCUCGCACUCGCACAAUGUCACGGGAAAAGUAGCCGCAAUCUUGAGAAGGAUGUACAGGUUAAUAGGAAAUCAUCAGGAUCACAUGCUUUCAACAGCUGUUUUAAGGACGCAGUGCAUUGAUCAGCCGUAAUUAUCCUAGCUUGCACCUUCAUCUUCCAAUGCUCAAAUUCGGCAAAGAAGAGCUGUGGCGAAGGCAGCUCAUCUUUGUACAGAUCUACUAAGUCAGUUAGCUACUGAGCAGUGAUUUGGCUUUGCUGAAUUACAGAUGGCACUAACCCGAGCAGCUUACUGACCCUCACUGGCUAUCAUGCAUAUCAAGUGUGAUAUGCCUAUCGAUCUGGACAAAGUUGUCAAUUUAUUUGAAGGUCUCCUCCUGAGGAGCAAAGUUUGCUUUACGAAACGGAAUAGUCCUGUUGUGAGUUGAUAAUUAAGUAGCCCAUGUUGUGGCCCCAGUAUAUCCUAGUGACCUAGUAUUAUAUGUAGUCAAAAUAAUCCCUCCAUUGAAGAUAUUUUCUUAACAGGUGUUCCAUAUUUGACAAAUGAAGUCUCGAAAGACGAAAGGCAGGGAGUACGAUUUUGGGGGACCUAAGUGAUACGUAUUUAAUACAAAUUGACGUUUGAAGCUGCUUUCAGUACAGAGACAGCGGAGCUGGGGAUCUGGGGGGCUUAAGCUUUUGCUCCGAGAUACCUUGCCGCACAUGUCAAGUUUUGUAAAACAUUUUGUGUACUUACCUGGUAUGUAUCACUACAUGUAUGUAUGGAAAACAAACUUUGACUGUUUUCAGUCCUCCAUCAUUGACCUGCAUCGAACCCCUCAACCCCCCUCCUAAGCACCUGCAUGAGCUAAAGGUUUCCUAGGAGAUCUAUUAAAGAGUUAUUUAAUAAAAUUUAAAAUAUGAACUUUAGCAUUUAUGAAUCUCUUGUGAAUGAUGGAAUAAUAAAUGUGCUUAGUUAUUUAAUCGGUCAACUAUAUUAGGUCAAAGACCAGAGUAUCAGAAAUUUAAUAAUUUUUAGGGAACGCGUCCAAAUAUCGGCAUCGGGUCAUACCGAUGCCGAUCAAUUGGGCACCGAUUUUUUCCGAUUCCAUUGAAGGUCGGACCCGAUUUUAUCGGCACCGAAUGAAAGGGAAUCGGCAACGGGUCUCAAGUCUUUAUCGGGCCAAUUAACAAAGGUCAUCAAAAAUAUCUGGCAGCUCAAAUAACCCGUCACAAAAGCAAAAACAAAAGCGUGAAUGUUGUUUUUUAUAACCUUAUCUUUCUUAUAAAUGUUGUUUGAACCGAAAUUUAACGUCACGGUUUCGAACAUUUGUUUGUAUUUCCUAUGACAGAGUAUGAACAGAACAUAUUAAAUUUGUGUAUCAAAAUGGGCAUGAGAAGAAACAACAGGCAUCUUUUGAGUGAAAGACGGCGCAAUGUACAUUGCAAGUGUACGAUGUGAUAAUUUUAAAAAAUGAUAACUUUAAAUAGCUUGAGCCUUUGCUAACCGGAAGCCAAAACGCUUGAUUAUAGGAAUCUUUGGAGGAAUAAACAGUUUAGGACUGUAAACGAAAAAAAUAGAAGUCAGAACAUCCACGACCAAAAUGCAAAUGUUGUUACCAUGUUGUGUACUUUAACUGCUAAAUUGCCACAGGAGAGAAGAGGACAUCGUCUGAGAAUCAAGCUGCAAGUUGUUUAUUGGUUGCAUAUGAACUCAAAAAAGUGACUGAUGGAGGAGUUCAACUGGUUUUCUCUUUCUCGAUUGUCUUUUCGCUAUUAAAUUGAGUCGAACUUACCGGAUGUAUGCCAGUUUACUUUAGUUGAACACUCCGGUAAAAUAGGUUCUGAUUUUUGUCAAACAGUCAGCCACCUAGAGUCAAGCGCAAUUUUUUCUAAGUGCUGAGAGUGGAAAGCAAUUUCACGUGGCACCAUGCUCAAGCUCACAGAACAUACAGCAAAGUCGCUAAGCCAUUCUGUCUUUGGUAGCUCCUGUAUGAAACUUCGUUUCGUGUCUUCCAUGACUCGCGAGUGUGGGAAUCUUUCAGUUCCUGUUGCCAAUUCCCUGGAGACAAUCUGAGGCCGCAAUCUAAUUGGUCGGUAUUUUUUGCCUCAGAUGGCAUUACACCUUGCGUUUAGGAUCGUUGAAUGAAAGACGCAAAUUUUCGUAAAAGUUUAUCCCGUGGUUUUACAUUAUCCAUGGUUUUGCUCUCGCUCCGCUCGCUAGGAAACCCGUUGAGGUCUACUUGUAACAAGUCUAUGAAUCCAGCUGUGUUUCGAGAAAGUGAGUUCCGGUUGUGUUUUUGGAUUGCAUUGUUAGAAAUUAGUACCGAGUAAAGAACACACUACUCAGUAUGGCGUUUUGUUUGCUAUAUAUCAACGAAGAACAGUGGUGUUUUGCAUCGUAAUAUUUAACUCCUUUUAAUUUUCAUAGGAUAAAUUUAAUGUUAUGGAGCAGCGUGGUGUUUGCGAUCGACUGAAGGAAAUACCCGGGGAAAUACCUCUGCAAAACGCUGAAAAUCAUGUGUAUAGGCACGCAUCAAAUCAACAAACUCGAAACACAACAUGCAGAAACAUACAAUAUUGCUAUUUGUUAUGGAGUAGGAAAAAGGUACAGUCGAUUGAAAUUACUUUGAAGUGAAACGACUCUUUCAUUAUUUGGUUUCGUGACACGCUUCAUUUUACAUAUCAGAUAAAAUAAUAUGACGAUGACACAUAUGAACAUCGGAAUGUCAACCGGCUCCGAUUGAAUCGGCAAAGUUUUUAUCGUAAUCGGAAACGGCAACUGGUGCCUAUAGAUCGGUACCGAUUCCGAUCAAUCGGAAAAUUAGUUGGGUCCGUUUCCCAUGAUCGGGUUCCCUACCGAUAUUUGGACGCGUUCCCUUAAUAAUAAUGAUUUUUUAUUUUAUUAAAUAAAUAACAGAAACAAUAAUUAAUAUAUGGUAAUUGCAAAAUACUACAUCACAUAUCCAUCGACCUCUUUUUUUUUGUUACAUGAUGAAUAGUAUUAACUUGAAUGAGUAAAGAAAGGCAAGGACCAACUCUAGGGAAUUACAGUCAUUUUGCCCCCUGGUCAUCUAGCCCUGGUUACUUAGCCCCCAGAUCUUAAGUCAUUUCGCCCCAAAGGAUGAAGGCAGUGAGACCCAUAUUAAGUUACUUAGCCCCUUACUUUUCUAGAAAUAUUUAAUCAGGGGGCUAAGUAACUGGGGCUAAAUGACCAGGGGGCGAAAUGACCGGUUACCACUCUAGAUGUUCUUCUUGUAAUGGACAUGGUUCUUCUUGUCAAUGGACAUUGCUAUGUCCAUUGACAAUCAAGAAUCUGUUGUUUUGGUUCUACUGGACCUGUCUGCUGCUUUUGAUCAUUCUCUUCUCCUUGCUGGACUAUCUACCCGUUUUGGCAUUAAUUUUGUCACCAGGCACUGGACUGGUUUCGUUCAUAUCUAUCUGAUCGCACCCAGUAUGUCAGAAUCCAAGAUGUCUCUUCUGAUGUGCAUGCCUUACCUUAUGUAGUACCUCAGGGUUCCAUGUUAGGCCCCUUGCUGUAUUCUUUGUACACUUCCCCCUUAGGUGACAUUGCAAGAUCUCAUGGUCUAUCUUAUCACUUUUAUGCUGAUGAUACACAGCUAUAUUUGUCUUUUGAAACGUCAUCCCCUGAGGAUUUGUCAACAUGUAAAUCUGCUCUUGAAGAUUGUGUUAAAGAUAUUGACCUUUGGAUAUUAAAUAACAAGCUGAAGCUGAACAGUGGGAAGACUGAAAUUAUAGUUUUUUCAUCCUCCUAUCGCCCACGUCCUGCGUUAAAAAACCUGGUGAUUGCCUCUGACACUGUUGACUGUUCAACUACUGCUAAAAAUAUUAGGGUUAUUUUUAAUAACUCCCAAUCGAUGUUGCCGCACGUUACUGCUGUUUGCAAGUCUUCGUUUUUUCAUUUACACAAUAUUUUGAAGAUUCGCAAGUUUCUUUCUUAUGAUACAUGUAAAACUCUAAUUCAUGCCUUUUUUACUGCAAGGAUCGAGUAUUGUAACUCAUUGCUCUACGGUCAGCCUAAAUGUAUCUUGAAAUUACAGAGUGUCCUAAAUAGUGCUGCUAGGCUUAUUCACCUUACUAGUAGAUAUGAACAUGUUAUGCCGUUGCUUAUUCAACUUCGUUGGCUACCAAUUGAACAAAGGAUAACUUUCAAAAUUGCAGUAAUUUCAUUUAAGGCACUUCAUUGUGCUGCACCUAGCUAUAUCACUGAUCUCAUCAAGCCUUAUACACCUGGUCGACUUCUUAGAUCCUCUAAUGAAUUUUUACUUUCUACAUCUAAAUUUAAUCUUAAAACUUAUAGUAGCCGGUCUUUUACUAUUGUGGCACCUUGUGUUUGGAAUGCACUUCCAUUCGAACUUAGAUCUUGUAAUUCCCUUUCUUCUUUUAAAUCUAAGCUUAAAACUUGGCUUUUUAAAAUUUGUUAUGAUGUUGUCGUAUACAAUGAUGAUGCUUUUAUAGGAUGACAAUGUAGUUUGUAGUUUUGUAGGUUUAGGAUUUUGUUGUUAUUUUCAUUAUGUAAAGCGCUUUUGGACCAUUGGGAAUUAGCGCUCCAUAAAUAUUGUAUAUUAUUAUAUUACAUUAUCGUGUAGCCAUAAAUCCAUUAUACAUAUAGGUCUCAUUAUUUAUGGUUUAUACUUUUCCUAGUCAACUGUACUGUGAAGAUUUACAUUUUCCUGUUUUAUCUUGUGCUUUUUCCCUGCACAGGCCUCCCACAAGAUUGAUAAAGUUUAGGAAUUACAUGCCAAAAGAUGAUUCAUUAAAGGAGAAAAAAAUACCGAAUACAAAACCCCUUUCAGGUAAACAAGUUAAGCACUGCACUGUAACCUGUUGAUCAAAGACAGUCUAUAUUAAUUAACGGUAAAUAAACAAACAAAUAAAUAAGUGUUGUCCAUAGAAAUUGAGCUGAUUUUAGAGUCAAUGAAUGGGGAUUUUUUUCCAUACCUUUUUUGUAACAAGGUGCUGUACAAGUUGUCGUUUGUAGGAUUGGGUGCCCCUGUAUAGAUUUUUAUGAUCAGUAUGAAAAUAAGAAGUAUAUGUUUUGUGCAUGUUUUUAAAUACAAUUAUGUCAGGGCACUUAAAUAGUCAGUUUUACAGCUUGUAGGACUUCAGUAUGUAUUACUAGUCCAAGAGUCACUUUUAAGGCCUGACAAAAGUUAAAUUAUUGAUUAAUUGAUUAAAUCUGUCCUUUAGUUAAUUAAUAACUUGCUUUAGCACAUUGCAAUACCCAAUAAAUGUAAUAAUUUCACUUCAUCAGAUUAGCUUGCAAAACAGAUCCAGAUGAAUUUAUUAGAAAAAUAAAUAAUUUGUCUUACAGUACUUCUGUAAUAAUAUUUGAAUUCUCCCAGAAAACUUCAGUUGCCCAUUGGGCAAGUUAUUAACAGGAUUCACUAGCCCAAUUGCAAAAUCCAUCAACCCCGGGCUAUCAGACAUGACUUUCUUUGCACACUGAAUGUGUAUUGUUUUACAUUUUUAAACACAGUUGAUGAUGAAGUACAGGAGCACCUUGAAAAGGCCAAAGCUGAGAAAGUCAUAGAAGAAGUGGUAAGAAAUUUUAGGGAAAUAUGACAGAAUGGCCAAUACAUUUUGAAAAAAAUGCUUAUUAUUGCCAGAAACACAGAUGUCAGACCUUUUUCAAUCAUAAAUUAUACUAGUAAUGUACAGAGUAUGAGAUUGAUCUCAAAUUGCAUCCAGUUGCAUAAAAAUUCAAAUUUAGGUUUAUUUUGUUUUGAAAUCAUCAUUUACAACUCCAGAGUGGUCUAAUCAUAGCACAAAACUAAGGAAGGUAUUAUUCUAAGCAAAGUUUACUCUGGAGAAAUUGCACAAUUUCCAUGUAACAGACCUUUUUUGUUGUAAAAUUUGACAUUCUGGAAAUUCCACAUGAUUUACUCUUUAAAUUAGAAUGCUGUCAAAUACCCUGUGAUGAAGGUCACUUUGCAUUUAACUUUCAUUAAAGUUCUGUAGUUUGUUGAGUCCUCUUUAAAAUUCAAGGCGUGGUCUCUUCUGUGUUGUCCAUCCCCUUGGCCUAAGAGAGAAACUUUGAUGAAGCUGAAUUUGAAAAGCAGUAAGGUUUGUAAACCUAACAAAGUCAACUCCAGCCACACCUUCACUCAAAGGCCAGGUCACAAAAUACACAACUGUUAAAUGGGCUAUUAUAUCUAACUUUCUUUCUAUUCUCUACAGGAUCUGGCUAACUUGGCACCAAGGAAACCUGACUGGUAAAUUACCUUAGAUUGCCUACAUGUAUUGCAUGUCUUAAACCCAAUGCCGUGUAUUACACCACUUAGUGCAUGGGGUAAUGAAGCUUGCUAAGUACAGUAUACUGGGCAUUAUGUAAAUUAUUCAAGUUAUGCAAAAAAUGUACUUGCAAAGUGACAGCUUGUGUGUUUCUGAUGGUCGCAUCUAGUAAAUCUAGUCACAGCCAAAUUAGUAAUAUAACCCUUACCACACUACUGAUCAUCAUUUCAGUUUUUUUCCUCAAGGCUUGAUUCUUUGUUUGGCAUAAUGUGAUGGUGUGGCCUUACUCUCUUGUUACCUUAUCUGUAGCAGUCAGAGAUCUGGACUUGACUGCAGUUGAGUCUGUCAACUGUGUUCAUGUUUAUAUUUGUGAUAAAUGAUGAACCAAUUAAGAGCAAAUUAAGCAUAAUGAAUGAACAGUAAAAUGAGAAAUACUGGGCCAUUGUUAACCUCAUUGUCUCUAUGUGGCCAGUUAUACUCAACAAAAGUGACAAGAAUGAAGAAAUGCUAGAUGAUAUCUAAAAGGUAGUAAUAUUCUGUUUACUUGUAGGGACUUAAAGCGUGAUGUUGCAAAGAAACUGGAAAAAUUAGAAAAGAGGACACAGAAGGCAAUAGUUGAACUCAUACGUGAGUAUCAAAAUAGUAUACUGUAGGUGUACAUGUAUAUCUGGGAACAUUGAUAGACCUUCCUUCCCACAUUAGACUUUAGUGGGCAUACAUAACGAAAGGAGGUCGAGUUUUAGACCUGGUGGACCUUUUCGUAUGACUCAAUUUAUUUUUUCACACCAAGUCCGAGCCUCGAGUUGGUGUCUCCGUUCAUGGAAAUGUGGGAAUGGUCUAUUCUCUUGCUACGGUCUUGGACAAAAAAGUUAAGAAUAGGCAUUGCCAUAUCUUGUUUAGCCUGACCACAGAUGUUUUCUCUUUUUCUUUCUUUUGUUCCACAAAUUUGGCAUACAUGCAUGCUCGUGAGAGAGAGCACAGAGGGUGAGAGCGAGCAUGACUUUCCCUACCCCCACCUCCUUGUGCGAGUGGUCAAUAAAUUCCCCAGAGUUUUUAUGUUCAUAUGUGCACCUGCUCCACCGUCUCUGAAGAGAAAAUAGAGGGUCUCUGAACAGGCUAAAUCUGGUUUUCAAAUAAAGCUGUUUAAAGCACUGGCAUGCAGUUACAAAUACUUCCCCCUCCACCCCUUCCCCCCCUUCCAAAAAAAGAAACAAUGUUGAAGUGCAGCUUGAUCAUUCCUACUCCCGACUAAACAACAUUGACCAGGGUGGGUUGAGGGGAGGGGUCAUAGCAGUACUAAAUCCACGGAAUGGGCAUCCUGUGGGUAACAAUGUGCAAAACUCUUAACACUUUUUGUCCAAAAUUAUAGUUUUAGCUUAUUCAUUUGUAAAUUUGAAUGACUAGUCAGCUACACAUGCUUGUAAAGUUUAAGUUAAGCUGUAUAAAGCAUUGUGAUUUUGCUUUACCUUUUGUAUAAAAAGUUGUAGAUGUGCUCAUAAUUAUUUUUUAUUUACCAGGAGACAGAUUACAACAAGGAGAAGAUCUUGCUGCAGCAGUAAAUGCGGCUGCGUCGGAACAAAACUAUGAAGCAGAGUGAAGAUCGUAGCAACUGAUAUAACGAUGCCGAAAACGUCUCUCAAGGUUUCAUGAGUAACGUUUGCGACAGACGAACAAGCUUAUAGCCAAAGUGGAGAGCGUCACAUUGAAUGAAUGGGUUAUAGACACCGACAUUGAUUCUUGUAAGCCUGGAGGCUCCGUUGGCUAAAUUGUAUUUAAUAUACUUUGUACAAAAUGCAGAAUAUUGUACAGUAAGACUCGUCUAGAGAAACAUUAUGUCAGAAGGGACUGGAUCUCUCACCGUACGUCUAGCAUUAUAAUCAGUGACUUUAGAAGAGACUUUUACAUUUUGACCUGUAUAUUAUGACUUUUUUUCUGAACCUUAUGGCAAAUGCUUUUGCAGCAGUGAAUCGUUACAAAAACUGCGAACUGCAAAUUGACAAAAAGUCAAGCUUACUGACUUGAGGUACGUUUUAGCCUUGCUUGACUACUGAAGAAGCAUCGUAUGUUCUAAUGUGGUUGUAGUAGGAAACAACUCGUGUUUUGAGAGAAACCUUUACGUCUGGAGAUUUUUCUUGAUUUAAUAAUAUUUUCUUGCCCCGGUUAAAGGGACACUAUCAGAGAAAUUCUUGUCAUGAUGAGGUUGUUAAUACUAUGGGCGAGUGUUUUUCUCUUGCUUGAGCGACACUUAACAAAAAAGGGAUAGUUUUAAAGUGAAUAUGUGAAGGGAAAACAAAAAAUCUAUAUCAGCAAUUUGUGCUAGAAAUCAUGAUAAAACUUGAAAAGUAUAGUCUGAUUUUUUUCAAGUUGCAACCCCUUUCCUUGAUUAUUUCGUCCUUGACUUUUUAAGUACCAAAUUUCGAUUCAGUUGCGUCCUCCUUGCCGACGAAGUUCCGAUAUAACGCUUACUCUGAUUGGUUGAAGAAGCGUGCUUUUGAGAGCAUAAAACACGGAGCUAAAGCUGCCACGUCAUUUGAACGCCAAUUUUUUUUUCUGAAAAUUAGAGAGAAAUGCGUGGGGAAUUUAAGGGACUCUUUAUCAUAAAACGAAUAAAGAAGCCUUGACUGUGUUCUGCUCUGUUAGGAGAAACAUUCGACCACGUCUCGUGUUUCCCCCUGCACUUUUUUCGUACUCUUGCCGCUUACUGCGUGUUUUAGUUACAAAAGAACAGAGCACAAUCAUUAAAACCAUUAAACUCAGGCCUUAAACAACUGGCGUUCUUGUGAUUUCAAACAGAUGAGAGAGGAGAAGUCGUUACGUCACGUUGCCAUGGUAGCAAAAUUUCUGGAUGACAACAAACCGAAAACAUCACAUAUAAAGUGAAUUUGCACUGUUUCAAAUUUCGACGAUCUUAUUGCCUUUCUUUUAAUUUGUCAAAUGUUGACGAAAUUUUCUGGGGUUAAAUCCGUAAGGACCGCAUCUAAGUUUAGAAAAAGAAAAAGGAAAUUUUUGCGUAAAGCGGGUGCGUAAAAUUAGGAAGUUUCACGUGGCAGCCCUGCAACGACGGCUAAGAAACA